CAAGUCUAACAAGAGCUAGGCGAAGGAAGCAAAUAAGCAGCAUGGCCGCCUGCAAACUCCCCACGCUUUGCACUGCCCCUACACCAUACUUAUAUGCCUCUCGCCGCUCCGCCGGCCAAACCAUCAUCAGCACGGCAGCGGCAUCGGCAUGUCAUCGUUGCCGCGCCAGUCGUCGUCGAAUUCAAGCCGCUGGAGAUUGCACAAAGCAUUCUGCUUGGACCAGCAUCCGACACGAACGGUGGGAAGGUGACUUGGCCAUAGAAGGACACAUCCCUGCUUGGCUGAACGGCACGUACCUAAGGAACGGGCCAGGUGUGUGGGAGGUAGGCGACCACGCGUUGGAUCACGUCUUCGACGGCUACGCCACACUGGUCCGUGUCUACUUCCAGGGCGCUCGUGGCCGUGCUACCGGCGCGCACAGGCAGAUCGAGUCCGACGCAUACAAGGCCGCCGCCAGGGCGCACGGCCGCCGCCGUCCGCUCAUGCGCAUGCGCGAGUUCUCCCAGCUGUGCCCUAGCGAGCCGGGCACCCUCCUCGACCGCCUCCGGCACGUCGUCGGGCUCGUCACCGGCGCCGGCAUGUCCGACAACGCCAACACCGCGGUGCUCCCACUCGGGGAUGGCCGGGUGGUGUGCCUCGCCGACGUCACCAAGAGCUCGGUGCUCGUCGACCCGGAGACACUCGAGACGGUCGGCAAGCUCCGGUACGCGGACAGGCUGUGGUGCCCGGUGCAGUGCACGCACCCGGUGGUGACGACGACGACGACGACGACGACCCGCGCCGCCGCCGCCGCCGAGGUCUUGAUGCUGCACCCGGACUUUGCCCGGCGGGGCUACCUCGUGGCCAGGAUGAUGGCAGCUGGUGGGACUGGGAGCAACGACAGGCGGGAGGUGGUCGGGAGGGUGCGGUGCCGGGGAGGCACGACGCCGGCGUGGGUGCACUCGUUCGCCGUCACGGCGAAGUACAUCGUCGUGCCGGAGAUGCCGCUCCGGUACUCGGUCGCCUGCUUGCUCAUGUCCGAGCUCACCCCGUUUUACAUAAUGGACUGGCUACCACACUCCGGGAGCUACAUGCACGUCAUAUGCAGAUCCACUGGAAACACUGUGGCGAGCGUCGAGGUGCCUCCUUUCGUGGCAUUUCACUUCAUCAACGCAUACGAGGAGAAUGGUGAUGAUGACGACGGUGUCCGGCCCAACGCCAUCAUCGCCGACUGCUGCGAGUACUACGCUGAUCCUGCUAUCAUCCAGGCACUUGCUCUCCACAGGCUUAGAUCGCCGGAGACGGCCAAGGACUUCCCUGAUUCCAGGGUUGCACGGUUCAGAAUACCCCUGGACGGCAGCGCCGCCAUGGGCGAGCUGGAGACAGUGCUGGACCCUGAAGAGCACGGCCGGGGUGUGGAGUUGAGCACCAUCAACCCAGACUACGUCGGCAAGGAGUACCGCUACUUGUACGCCUGCACCGCGCGCCGGCCAUGCAAUUUCUUCAACGCGCUCACCAAGAUGGACCUGGUGGAGAAGGAGACCACGAGCUGGCAUGAGGAGGGCACGGUGCCAUCGGAGCCCUUCUUUGUGGCCAGGCCGGGAGCAACCAAUGAAGAUGAUGGUCGGGGUUGUCAUAUCUACUGCAAGCACCAUGGACGGUGACGGCUACGUGCUGCUGCUGGACGCGGCGACGUUCAAAGAGAUUGCCCGCUUGCGGUUACCUUACGGCCUACCCUUCGGCUUCCACGGCUGCUGGAUCCCAGACAACAACUGAAACUGAAGAAGCUUAUCCGUAUUGCCAGUCAUCGGUGCUUAUAUUGACGCAAAAGCUACCAUGCAUAUGGCUGCUCCUUCUCGUCUUCAAGCGCCACAGUAGUAGCUAGUGUGCUCAUUGAAUAUAUACUGUAUAUGGGUUCAUCAAAAAAAAAAUACUAUAUGCAGUGGAGGAUCUAGAGAGGCUCCUACUCCUUAUUUCAGCUAGUGCCUUCCAUAAUAAGAUGCUCUUUUCUGAGAGAAUCGAGUGCAUGUUCAUGCAUGUUCGGUGGAACAGCUAGCUCGAUCUUUUGUGGUUCAGAAGUUUAUAUUCCUUUUUGAGUAAAAAGAAUGCACCAGAGGUUCAUUAAUUAACUUACGAGGAGGUGUUAUAUAGGUCCAUCAACUCUCAAACUGUGCUUUUGGAUCCUUAACUUUCUAUUAAGCGGUUCAGCAGAUGUUCAUGCUCCUUCGUUU